CUCUCCAAUGUCGCCGCAAUAUGAAAAUGAGACUGCGCAGGUACCGGUGACCGCGCUCUCGUCACCUUGGCAGGACACUGUAUUCGUUGGCCAAGGACCGUACUUGAAGAUCUACAGCCGUGACUCAGCUCAGCUGCUUGCGAAGCAACGCCUCUUCAAGAGGCAAGCCAUCCAUGGUUUCGCACAUUGCUUUCUCGUCGAAGAUUCAAAAUUGCUUCUUAUCGCGUGGGGAGGCCGAUGUAUUUGCCAUUGCGAAGUCACGCGUGAGAAGAACAGAAAGUUCUCCCGAGGAGUGGUGCUGAAUAUCGAAAACCAAAAAACCGUCAAGACGACAGAUUGGCUAUUCGACGUCAGUUUUCGUCCCCGCGUGACUGAUGGAUUACGCGGCACAAGAGGCGCCGUCCUUGUCACGGCCCACAAUGAGCUCCUGGAGUUAGUCAUCGAAGCUGAUAGAGUGGGAGACGGUGGAAGCUCUGGAGGCUCAGAGAUGAGAUCCUUAUUUCUUGGGCCCCGCUGUGGGUUAUAUUCAGCCACUUUGAAAUGGCUCUCGACGGAUCAACUUUUGGUCGCUUCAGGAACUGCUUUCGGCGAAAUCGUGAUAUGGUCACUUUGUUUGAUGGAAGACGACAUGCAAGCAUUGCGACAUUUCGUGUUCACUGGCCAUGAGGGCUCGAUUUUCGGCGUAAGAAUAUCGGACGAGCUAGUUCAAGAUGACGAAAACAAACUGAGGCUACUGGCGAGCUGUAGUGAUGACCGCACGAUCCGAGUCUGGGAUAUUUCUGAUCUGACGGGGGGAGUCAAAUUAGAACAUGAAAAUACGUUAAAUGAAUACAGGGACCCGUUACGGACCACCGGAUUCCUCAAUUACGUUUCUGCAGAGGCAGAGGCUGCGUCAAAAGACCUUUGUAUCGCAUCGGCAACAGGUCAUCUAUCAAGAAUCUGGGACAUUCGGUUCUCGGCUCAUAGCAAUGCUGCGAGUGAUGGCAGAACAAUCUGCAGCAUAAUUUCGGUGGGUGAAGACGCGACUUGCCAAACAUGGAGCCUUGCGAAACUUGGUAAAAAUAAAACUUAUACUUUGAGUAAUAUCACAAGUAACGACUAUCAUUCCGGAAAGAAUAUAUGGUCCUUAAAUUUAGGUGGCGGUGUUGUUGAUUCUUUUCUAUUGACUGGGGGUUCAGACGGUCAGGUUGUAGAGCAUUUGUCCUCACUCGUGGGAUCUGGAUCUCGGCUGCAUCUUUCAUUCAGUGAAUGGAGCAUUGAACAGGUUCUGAACGCACUUGAGGCUUCAGGUCAUCCGGGAAAUACCGUGCAAGCGAUUAAAUCGUCAAAUGCAGGAACAAAGAGAGACUGUUUUCGCAGUUUUUCCCCUGUAGGCAAGAACCAACUCCUCUUGACCACUAACAGCGGAUUGGUUCUUCUGGCAACGAGCGCGGAGAACGAUAAGUGGACAUGGAAGUAUAUUGCUGCAUACGAUGGACUCGUGGGAUAUUCUGUGUCAUGUCGGCUCCUGGCCGAACCAUUUGAGUACGUUCUCUUUGGUGACGCGCGAGGUAACAUCUAUUACUACCACUCGUUUUUUGAAGAGCUCAAAAUCCUCACAAACAUCAAUGGUAAAAUUACAAAUCUCAUGGCCGACAUCCUUCCUCAGAAGACUCACGAAUACAUGAGCAUCGUGGCCUCUAGACAGGGUGGACUUCCACCUGUCCAACUUCGUGUUAACCUAGGAACUGGGGGAACUCUUACCUUGUCAACAUUGCGAGUUUUUGCAAGAUGGACUCAAGAUUUCCCAGCAAUUACAAGUGCUGUCAUUGCCUCUUAUAAUUCUUCUGAACAAGGUCUGAUUUUAGGCUGUCGAAAUGGCUCAAUCUAUUCCUUCAGCAGAGUCGAAUCUGAAAGCGACAAGAAUUUUGAAUUCGAGAUGAGACAUGCACACGGAAAUGAUGCCGUUACAGCAAUGGUGUGGAUGCCGCACAGAGGGCCUCAAGAUAAGAUUUGGGACCCAUCUUUCGGUUGGCUGUUCUCCGUGGGAAGGGACGGUACACUGGCAGUGCACCAUUUCAAAGGAUAUUAUACCGGACCUGUUUUGGUCCACAAAUUAUCACUUUCCUUUGGACCGAACUUGGAGGGGAUGUCCGUCGACGACCAGACUGCGGACGUGCAUGUCUGGGGGUUCACAAGUAAAUAUUUUGUCUGCCAAAACGUGUCUGCAAACCAAGAUAUACUCAAGAUAGAAUGCGGCGGAGCGCAUCGAAUAUGGGAUUUUGCGCCUCCCGAGACGUUAGCCGAUGGCGUGGCCAGCGGACUUUUCGCAUGGGUGAAAGCAAUGAAACUCCACAUCGCCAAAGUCAAAGGUUCUAGCCAUAAAGUCAUACAAAGCGGUAACCACGGUAGAGAAAUCAAGGCGUGUGCAAUAGCUCCGAAUAGCAUAUCUCAUUGCCUUGGCCCUUUGGUUGCAACCGGUGCUGAAGAUACCAAUAUCAACAUCUCCUACUACGCCGACUGGCAUGGCGCACAAAGAGAAUUGAAGCGAUUGGCCGUGCUUCGCAAGCAUGUGACGGGAAUUCAAUCGUUGCACUGGUCCGAUGAUGGCCGCUUCUUGUUCAGCUGCGGUGGUUUUGAAGAGUUCUACGUGUGGCACUUGACACCCGUACCAGGUGUUACCAUCGGUGUCGUAUGCGAGUCAAAAUGCCCCUUGGACAGCGAAGAUGCAGAAUUGCGAAUCAUGGAUUUCGCUGUUCGUUGCGUCAUAAACGAAGAGAAAACAAAAUUCGGCGACUUGCAUUGGGAUUUCUUGAUCUCGAUGGUUUACGCUGACUCAACGAUAAAGGUCUGGAAAUAUUCAUUCACGCGGGACAAGCUCCCAGAUCGUGAGGCAUGGUCUUUCAUAGCUUCUGCUCAGUACACAACCGCUUGCCUGACCAACGCGUCAUAUUUGAGCACAGUUUCUUCAGGCUGGCCAUUAGUCACUGGAUGCACGGACGGCCAGCUAGGAUUCUGGUCGCUUUCCGAGAGUACCAAGAAGCUUGUCUGCUAUGGAAUUCAAUCUGUACAUCAAAGCUCUGUAAAAGCGAUUUCGACCGUUGAACUAUCAGACUUGUCAUGGCUUAUCAUUAGCGGAGGGGACGAUAACGCUCUUGGACUCACAGUACUCAGCAUCAACGACGAAACUUUUGAGUAUACGACUUCAUCUCUGCUGAUUCCAAGAGCGCACGCGGCUGCUGUUACUGCCGUUGGAGUUUCGAGACGAACUGAACCCUCGAUCCAGGAUAAAGAUUUUUGCGUUGAAUUCAUCACGGCAAGUAACGACCAAAUCAUCAAGCUCUGGAACAUCAAGAUAGACAUUAGAAGACCAGGCAUUAAGGGUAUUCAUGUCAUGAAAGGAGGCAAAUAUGCAUCCUCAGUUGCUGACAUAUCCUCUCUUGCAGUGUUUCCUCAAAGAGGCAGACUUGAGAAUGCUGGAGGGAAGGUUUUAGUAUGCGGUGUUGGCCUAGAGAUUUGGUCCAAAAGUAGAGAAUAUAAGUGAAUCGAGCAGACGUGGACAGACUUUUGGAUCUGCCAAAUAUCAUUAUUU